AAGAAGCAGCUCGCAGACGACAAGAUAAUUACAAGCGAAAUUAGGCAAGACAGCAAGAACGGCACGUUGCUGCUGGCUUCAACAUCGGCAACAAUGUCUGGCGGAUGCGAAAUCGCCAGAGCAAGUCGAGCCCGACCUAAAAUGGCGUGUUUUACAUGUACGACAUCACCAGCACCGGGUGCGUACCAACUCCAAGUCCUCGACAGCUUUCUUCACCACAUUCUCGUUAACGAGACGUACCUCAAGGUAGCGACGGAGAGGCUAGAAGACCAACACUGGAAGCCAUUGCGCGACGCUUGCGCCGACACCAGCAUGCCGAUCGCCUUCGUACAAUCAUCGACCGCACGCAAUGAUUUGUUGUGUGAAGUAUCAUGGGAACCAACCCUCACUUCCCACAGGGACCACUCUCGCUUUCCCUUUUCUCUUGCCGCUUUGACCGGUAAAGUCUCACACACAACGGCUACUUGUCCUACUUUGGUAGUAGCUACUCACGUAGACUCCUCAAGCUGGACAGAGGGACAAUGUUGGCAUCGUUGCUCUAAUCCGCCGCAGUUCGGCAGAGUGAUAGAGGGGGUGUCGCCCGAUCCAAGCAAGGGAAUGGAACUGGAAUAACAGGCACAUUGUAUGUACCUCACCGAAUAGAGGGGAACCAAGGUCGCUUAGAUGCAUGUUCUCCACACGCACUUUCAUAUGGCGAAUUGCUUCUGGAAGCAUUCGCGAGAACAUAGGACCACAAUGCCCUUAAUCCUGGAGCUCGAUUGAUG